GUUUCCGCGGCAGUGGCGGUCACCACGCGGCAGAUUACACAGAUUACGACCGAUUACAUUUGUACUCCAUCGCUGACAGCCGUUUCUUUUCUCGGGACGACCACCGCGCUCCCACCUCGUGUGCUUUUUGUCGCGCGGCGGCUCGAGCUGGAGUACGCACUCGACCGUCCUGGCGUAUCAUCCUGAUCGCGGAAAGCUGUGUCGUCGUGUCCACGAAAACGCCGAGUGCCUCGAUCGAGAUCCGGGAGCAUUGGAAGAGACUAAAUAUCGUACGACGUCCGCGUUCGAUACCAUGGAACGCAAGGAUGAACGCGCCGAUGGCAGCGACAGGCUCUGUUGACGUUGACAUCAAUAUUCGUAAUGAUGGAACAGACGAGACGUCAAGGUGCAUCACGACGUCACGAAGAGAGAUUUGAAUUUAGAACGAAGGAAACCCAACGCCGGUGAAUCCUUUAGAAUAUUGGCGAAACACGAGACGAAUGAAAAAUAAUUAUUCGCGUUUAUCCAAUAUCUAGAGAUGUGUCACGACAGUAAAAGCUGUCAAUGUAAAGUUGGUCCACGUCACGUUGUCCCUCACGAAAGGAGUACUAUAUAGCGCAGAUUUCAUUCUGCGCGCUUCGCACAAGGCACAGUUCAAAUGUUUUUAUGUAGAUUCGUCAAGCGCUGUCCGAGGGAAAAGAUCAUAAAGUGAUCGCGAAAGGAAAAUUGCCGUGUGAGGAAUAUCGGCUGAGGCAUCGGUGAGGAUGCGAAAGAUAUAAAAGUUAAGAAGUGAGAAGAGUUGGGUCAUCAUGUUGAUAUCUUAAGAACACUCUUCUGACUCUAAUGGGGGAAUCCGCUCGUGUCGGCUGGGUCAUGCCGCGGCGAUGCGGCGGAUUCCAAGAAUAACGGAGCGCGAAACUUACUAAGGCGGCGGGCUGCGGGCUGGGAAACGUCUCUGACGUUUAGCGGAUUUCGUCCAGGAGUGACGCGAUGUGACGCUGAUGUCACCUGAAAGUGCUGUGCGGCUUGAUCGCGUCAACGUAUCACGUCCCGAUCGUCCCUUAACGGACAUCCGCGAGAAGCUAAUGCAGCGAUCGUCAGCUGAUACUUUAUGGUGCGACGCCACUUGUUUGGAAUUUGUUUUGCUAGCGGUGUAAUGAACAUUGAACACACGAUUCAACAUGGCACUGCGAAAGCGAUUGAACAAUCUGAUUUGUAUAUUCUGAUAAUUCUCGUGUAUAAAUCGUGUAUAAAUCGAUAGAUUGAUUAAAAAAAUCGCCAUUUGCAUUUUGGAGACUCGUGAGACGUGAGGAUCUGAGAGGUUGACACGUCCGGGAACGGCAUGAGCAACGGCGGCGAAGGUGUGGUGACGGGCCCGGGUUCCGGCAGCGAUCGCUUGUGCGAGGACGUCGAUAUGGCAACUCCGACGUCAGCGUCAUCGAAUCUGAAGCCGCGAAGCGGCAAGAUCAGCUUCAGCGUCGAUGCCCUGCUGAGCGGCACGAAGAAGAGCGCCAUCGGCGGCAUCGGCGGCACCUUCGCAGUCAGGCAGCGAGACAAUGACGACAGGAUGGACACCGAGAAGAAUCUCGAGAUGGAGACGAGAUAUCGAGAGCUCUUGAUAGAGCAGCAGAGACUUCAGAGCAGAGAGCUGCUCGCCAGGCUGAGCCCUCACGGGCUCGCCAGUUUUGGCAAUCAUCACCACCAUCAUCACUCGAACAGGCUCGAGCAGGAUCAUCCACCCGCUCGGCAGGAGAUACUCAUGGUGAAGGACUUUUCUAGAACGAGCCAUGACAAGUCGUCCUCGCCCAUCAGAAUAGAUCAGGAGAUGCCGAGAGACCGACUGACGACCAGUUCGCCGAGCGCGAUCGGCGAAACGAUGCUCCAGCGAGAACAAGAGCGUAUUCAGGAGGAGGACGACAGGAUCGAUAGGAUCACUAAUCCAAGAUCCGUGUCACCCGCGAGCAGACGAGAGAUCCUCGACGAUCGUAGCGACUCCGAGGCGAAUCGCUCGUUGGAAGGGGACCGGACGACGGAUCAUCUGGACCUCGAGGACCACGAGAUUAGGAGCGUGGGUCAGUCCGAGGAUCUGAACGUGAUGGACUCGGACUGCGAGCUGGAGAGGGAUCUGGAGGCCAGCCAGGAGAAGGAGGAGAAGUCCAGCCCGGUAGUGCCUCAACCGAUUCAUCCUGGGGUGCAAAGGCCGUCGCAGGGCCCGCCGUAUCUCGCCGGAGCACCCGGCGCUCCCGGCGGCUGGAACCCCGCGGGAUUUCCGCAUUCUCUGGCGGGGUUUGCGUGGCUGCCCCCACCUCCGCAUCCGCACAAUCCCCAUGGUCAUCUUUACACGCCGCACGGUGGACCCACCAGCCCGAAUGGAGACUUAAGAUUGCCGGGACCCGGACCAGGCCCGGUCCGAUGCACCCUCAGAAAGCACAAGCCAAACCGGAAGCCGAGAACGCCGUUCACGACGCAGCAGCUGUUAUCGCUGGAGAAAAAGUUUCGCGAAAAACAGUACCUAACGAUAGCCGAAAGAGCAGAGUUCUCGUCGUCCCUUCACCUCACGGAAACGCAGGUGAAGAUCUGGUUUCAAAAUCGAAGGGCCAAGGCGAAGCGACUUCAGGAAGCGGAAAUAGAGAAGCUAAGACUAUCCGCGCGACCUCUGCUGCACCCCAGUUUCGGAUCGGGGCUAAUGUUCUCCGGGGUGGGCCCGCCUGGUACCCCAGGAGUGCCUCCCUUUAUUGCAGCUGCCAUGGCUAGGCACACCCAUGCCGCGGCGGCGGCGGCCAUGUUCAUGGGGCCGCCUGGGCACCGACCUUAAUAAUGAUAUGCAAGGUAUAAUACGCGUGUAAUUCGAAGUCAUUCGUGAUGUCAUCAUUUGAAGACUCAACAAGCUCCUCACUAAGGAAUGAUGCAAGAUCUAGAAAGUUGUGAGAAAGCGGAAGAACCUGAAAGCUAAGGAUUUAUGGAGAUGAAAAUUAACAACGUUUAUUCAAGGAUCCGAAGAAGAAUCUAAACUCUGGAAAUUUCGGAAACAAUCUGAAGAAAAAUAAUGGAUAACUAACCGAGUAUUAAGAACUGGAGAAAGCAAAGAUCUUCGAGUUGAUGACUGAAAAAUUUGAGAACUCGGAGAGCUAAAGAGAUUGAAAAUUUGAAAACUGGAUGUUCAAGAGAGCAAGAGUUAACAAUUUUAGAAUUCAAGAUUCUGAGAACUCCAGAAAUUGAAAAAUAAAAAGAAAUCUAAUAAAAUAAUUUGUAAAAUGCACUGUAAAAUAUGGAAAUUAAUUUUCGUUAGUGAUCUUUCUUUCGCGCGAAGAGAGAAAAUUAUCUGAGAGCUUUUGGCUGCAUUUAUUUAUUAGUCUAUCCUAAAUUUAAUAAUUCAACUUUUUACAUGUCGAGGAUAUUGGAACUCGCUAUUUGGCGUUGGAAAUCGAAAUUGACUAGGAAUGACUAAUGACACAUCAAUCUGAACUGCUUAUCUCCAGAGAGGUGUAGAGAUGACCUGAAUUUCGAUACGUGAAAUCUGAAGCAAUCGUUCGAGGAACCUGAAAGGGAACUCAAAAAAGGAAUAAUCGUUUCGAAAUUUUCCUGGGACAAUGAAAUACGUAUAAAUCGGCGCCUCGAGAGGUGCGCGAAAUUUGAUCUCAAGAGAAAGCACGAGUGUACAUAGUGUAAAUAAAUACGCGUUCGUAUGGUAACUAUGGGUGUACGUAUGUAUAUAUACACACGUGUACAGGACGCUUCGAUUACCCUCGAGAUGAGGAAAAUCGCAAAGAACGAUUGUUCGAGAAUUAAUUUUAACGAUUCGGGCCGCGUUGAAUCUGACAAAUGUUCCGGAUGUGUUUUGAAUGUGGAUUGGUCGAGAGAGUGCAGCGUUGUGAAUGUACGAGGUACGUUUAAACAAUUCCGAGAGUCUGAGAGCGUUAAGAAAAGAACGAGUCAACGUCAAAGCCAAAUGUAAUAGUCAUUUCUCUGAAAGUAAUUCCUAAUAUCGAGGAAAACACGUUUCUUCGUGUUUAUCAAAAAUUUUCUUUUUUAUCUUUUUAAAGUCUUUUAGGUCGCGAAAAGUUUUUAGUUAUAUUUUUAUAGAAACAUCGGUGAUAUUGUUUAGGAAUAUAAAUAAAAAAUAAGCCAGUGAUUCGUCAUCGUCAAGAGUACAGUUCAUAAUUCACUUAAUCUCGUUAUCUUUUAAACUUGUUGAAUUUUGUUUCUAUGCGAGAGAGGAGGUGGAGCAAGCAAAUGCGUGUAAAUUAUGUAUCAGCUUGUGUCGAUCGUGAAUCGAGAGAAAUGGAAUCGCUCAUAGACAGUAAAAGCUAACGUUACGAAUGUGGCGUGGUUCUAGACGUACCUAUGCGCCUUGUAUAAAUGUAAGAUGAUAACUUAUCCAUGGAAGUAUAUUAUAGCGAAAUAAAAGAUUUCAGUAUUUA